AUGCGAAUGCGACCCGCAACCCCGCUCAGCAUUAUCCUGCUGGCCGCAUUUGCUCUCUUGCUGCUGAGUGUUCUGAGUACUCCGAUCAUUCCUGGAAUUCACCUCGCCGCCUAUAACGACGUUACCUUCGGGGUUUUCGGCUUUUGUACGUCGGGACAAUGUAGUGGCUAUGCAAUUGGUUAUAACACAGCAUCUGGUGAACUUUCGAAUGCCGACUUUUCCCUCCAGUCCAAUGCCCGCAAUUCACUGACACACUUGCUGAUUGUGCACCCCAUUGCGGCACUAUUUACUCUAAUAUUAUUAAUUCUCUCGGUGCUUUCGCACCUCAACGGCCCCGCGCAUUCCCCACGAUACUUGCUUGCUAUUCUGAUUCUUUCGCUACCAACAUUUGUGCUCUCACUUCUUGCCUUCCUAGUUGAUAUCUUAAUUUUCCUACCGCAUGUUCAAUGGGGCGGCUGGGUCGUUCUCGGGGCGACUGUUCUCAAUGCUAUAGCAGGAAUCAUAACCUGCGGUAUGCGCCGGACGCUUGUGCAAAAGGUCGCUCGUCGGAAGAGAAUCGCGGAGGCCCCGCCUACAAAUGGCACGGAAUUUUAUGCAAAUCAGCCUCAAGUCGCGGCAGUCCCGCCGAUUCCAGAGAGCAACAUGGGCGAUAAGGUGCCGGAGUUCGCUACUUUCGAAGUUGAUAAACCUGUGCACGGGGAGACGGAGGGAGAGUGUAUCCCAUUGAAUCCUAGAUCGCGAGCCAUGUCACCGGCAGCGCCCGAAGAAAGAGUGAUGGGUGGCGCGAGUUCGUUUAACCAGCCUUCAUUACGUCGUGCGCCUAGUGAUAGGAGUGAGGGUAUGGGCCGCCGCCGAGAGGUGCGGGGCCACUAUCGAGGCCCAACCCACCGGGACAAGUAA